GGAGAACGAACCACGAGGAGCAGAGCUCCACUUCCUCCUGCUACCGGAGAGGUUCAUACUGGAUUUAACUUCCACCAAGUCGACACUUUAAACCUGGAUUGUGUUUUCUUUUAUGCACCUUUGUCUGCACAAAUGCUCCACGGUCGAUGACAGUGGAAAUGCUGGGAGGCCAACCACUUUACAUCAUGGUUUCCUGAGCCGGUUUCCUGCCAACACUUCACAGAGAUUAUUACCACUCUGGGCCAUGACUGAGCUGCUUCCCAACACCAGCUUUCCCGUGGGAACCGCAGCUCUUCUGGUGACCUCUGACUGUCCGUUUAACCUGACUGCGACUGCGCAGACGGGACAUGGCUCGGGCCAGUCACUUCCACCCCUCUGCACCCUCUGCUGCUGUGGGAUGCUCAACCGCACCCUCGCUGUGGCCUUCAUGGUCAGCCUGGCGUUUGCUAUUGUGGUUGGAAAUGUGGUUACUCUAACAGUCUUUGUGCAAACUAGGCAGUCGAGAACACCACAAGGUUACUUGAAAGUGUCUCUGGCCAUAGCAGACAUGAUGGUGGGUGUUGUCGUGGUUCCUUUCUCUGUUUUCACUGAAAUCUCUCUGAUGGUGACCAGCGCUCCUCCCUUGUGGUACCAGGGUGGUACAUCGGCAUCCUUCAGUGACAUGGAGAGCCCCUGGCAGCCCUGCAUGCUGAUUGGUCCCGUGUUUGCGGGAUGCACCUUUGUCUCCAUCAACACCAUCUUCCUGAUGACUCUGGAGCGCAGCGUGGCCAUCCUGUGGCCGCUCCACAAAGACGCGCUGGUGACCAGAAGACGAACAUUGCUCCUCAUCCUGCUGUCCUGGGCAGCCAGCUUCCUGCUGGCUCUCGCUCCUCUCAUCUUCAGCAGCAACUUUACUUUGGAGUACAAUGAGUGCAGUCGCAUGUGUAACUACGCCCCACUGUUGUUUGGAGGCCAACUCCCGCCUGAUGCCAACAUUUUGCUGCUGUUUCCAGCAUUCGACUUCAUACUUCUGGGCGGCACAUUAGCAGUUAAUGUUGUGUCCUUCACAAGCAUUCGCCGAUACACCCAAAAACGCAAACUGCUCUCCGAGGGGAGUCUGAGCGACGGAGGGGGAGGAGGAGGAUGCUCCCACAGACCAUCAUUCUCAGACAUCAAGGCUGCAAAGACAAUCGGCAUACUGACAUUUGCCUUCACAGCAUCCUUCUCUCCCAUCGCGGUGUUUGUGCUGGGAAAUGUGGUGGGAUACACGUGGUGCAACUUUUCUUUUCUCGCCUUCUGGAUUCUGACCGGAAACAGCUGCUGUAAUGUCAUCAUCUACAGUGUGAGGGACCACCGCUUCAGGAAGGGUGUGACCCUGCUUUUUCAAAGAGAGCAGUCCCCUCCCCACGGUGAGAAGACCUGAGGACUCUUUCGUUUUAGCAAGCACAUUUUUUGUGGCUCUGGUCCAAAAUAUUAAAUGAUUGCAACCAUGUUAUCCAAAUGAGGAUCAAUGUGCAGAGUUGAAGCUUUGCAGAAGGGAGAAAAUGUGGAAACAGUCCAUGUAUUUUCCAGAUCUACUUUGAUCUGGGCAAUCAUGCAGGUUGGGAGCUUUUACCACAAAGACACGGUUUCAAGUCCAGUCGCAAACAAAUCCAGGUGAAUCAACCACGGCGUUUCAGAGUUGUAUGAAUGUUUCAAGUUGCAGUAACACUUACUCGGCUGAGAAUGUAGUAAAAUUGAGAAGAUCAUAAUUUUCAGUUGCAAGUCAGCGUUGAAGAUGCCAUAAUUUUAACUUUCAUACAGAUUCAAAGAUUGUAAGAAUGCCGUUCUUGGUUUUUCCAUACAGAGACAAAGAGGGGUGAAGUUCAUCAUUAUAAAUUGCUAUUAUUUCAGAGGAAAUGAUACAUUUCUUCCUCUGAUUGUGCUCUCAGUCUAUUCAUAAACUAAAGGUUAGUUACUGUAAGGACACAAUGAGGGUGGAAGUGUCCAAAACUGCAGGUCACUGAUUAACCAUUGGACCACUUUGAAAGCAGAAGGAAAAAUUAUUGGUAGUGAAUUUUUUUGUUGUUCGUUUGCACUGCCUUGCAAAGACAUUACUAUAUUUUGAAUUUUUCCAUGUUUUGACAUACUAAAACCUCAACAUCGACAUAAUUUUGUUCUUAUCAAACUUUUUGAUAAAAAAAAAAAUCUAAAUAAUGUGGUGUUGUCUUUGUUUUGAAACUCCUAAAUACAAUCAAGCACAACCAGUUGCUGUCAGAAGUUGCCUAAUUGUCAAAUACAGUCAAUCUGUGUAUAAUUUAAAAUCUGUUAAAACCAGAACUGCAUUCAUAAAAACUAGACAGAUUAAUUAUAGAAUUGAAUUGAUUUAAAAUGUAUUUGUUAGGUAGUGAUCUGAGAGGCAAAUGCUUGCUGUAACUGCUGCAUGAUAAAAAUACAUGAUAUCCAUUAAUUUUUAAUAAGAUCCCAGACUGACUCAGCUACUUUUAAAUUUUAGUCAUCAUGUCUCUAUGAAAAACUAAUGAAGUCACUCUUGCUCUUUCUGUGGCUUUUAGUGAACUGUCUGUCAGGGAUCCUAGAACAAGUCAGUUUUACUAAUUCACUUUAGGCUGAUUAUGUAAAGACUGGACACUUCUGUUUUCAUUCUGGGAACAGCUAAAAGCAGGAGUGAUUUAUUUUGGUGUUUUUCUGGGCUGGAGUGAGUCUGCCUUGAGUGAAAGAGGUCGGGUAUCUUGGUAUCAAGUCUUAGUGAGAUGGAGCAGGAGAUGGUUUGACAUAUCAGAGCUUCAUCUGCAGUAAGUUUGGCUUUUCUCCAGUCUGAGCAGGACUGGAGAAAAGGCUAAAGGCUAACCUCACACUUUUUGGGACAUCUGCAUUCAAGACGUCACCUGCAGUCAUGAGAAGUGGAUCGGAACUAAAAGAACAAGGAGCAUGACACAAGUGGCUGAAAUGAAUUUCAUUAAGUUAAAGGCAUGGCUCCUCCCUAAACAUAAGGAGAGGAACUUCAUCAUAAUGA